UCCUCAGUGUUAUUCUCAUUUCCCCUCUCUGUCUCUCUCUAGAGUCUAAACACAGCUCUCUUUCUCUAUCUGUGUCUAUAUAUCUCCGGCGUCGGUUUUGUAUAAUUUCCCGGCGAUUUUUAUUGAGUUAGUUUAAUUGUUUAGAUCUAGUAAGGAGGCGUGGAGAUGUCAUCGACGGCGUCGUAUUGGUGCUAUAGGUGCACUCGCUUCGUUAGGGUUUGGGCUGAGGAGACCCUGGUUUGUCCGCACUGCGACGGCGGAUUCAUUGAGGCGGUGGACGCUACGCCGCCUUCCGGAUCUCCUCGCGCGGCUGAUUUCUACAUGUUGGGCAGCAACAGGUCCGAUUCCAAUCGGAGGGCGAAUCUUCGGCUCCACCGGACCCGGCGGAACCACGGUGAUCGGUCGCCGUUCAAUCCGGUCAUCGUGCUGCGCGGUGCGGCGGAUGGAGGUAGUGAUGAAGGCGGCGGAGGAGAGAGGAGGAGCUUCGAGUUGUACUACGACGACGGCGCGGGGUCGGGGCUUCGUCCGUUGCCGACGGCGAUGUCUGAGUUCUUGAUGGGGUCGGGGUUCGACCUUUUGCUCGAUCAGCUGGAGCAGAUCGAAAUCAACGGCCUCGGCCGCCAGGAACAGCCGCCGGCGUCGAAAUCGGCCAUCGAAUCGAUGCCGACGAUCGAAAUCGUCGCCGCACACAUCAACUCGGAAUCACACUGCGCCGUGUGCAAAGAAGCUUUUGUUCUCGGCUCCGAGGCUCGCGAAAUGCCCUGUAAGCACAUAUAUCACUCCGACUGCAUCCUCCCUUGGCUCUCCCUCCGCAAUUCCUGCCCGGUUUGCCGCCACGAAUUGCCCACCGACGCCAGCACCGCCUCCGAGCUCGAAAACGGCGACCUCUCUCGAACCCCUGCGGAGGAAGAGGCAGUUGGACUCACCAUAUGGAGACUUCCUGGCGGUGGAUUUGCGGUGGGAAGGUUCCCUGGGGGGAGAAGAGCCGGAGAACGCGAACUUCCCGCUGUGUAUACAGAAAUGGACGGCGGAUUCAACAACAGCGGUGCUCCACGGAGGAUCGCCUGGGGGUCGAGGCGGGGCAGGACCAGAGAGGGCGGUGGGUUUGGAAGAACCGUCCGCAAUUUGUUCUCGUUCCUUGGGAGGUCUAGGAAUUCCCCUGGCUCAUCACAUUCCAGUAGCUCCGAAUCCGUUGGCUCACCGACAAUUACAAGAAGCCACAGUCACUCUGGUUCAUUUUUUGGUAGGUUUUUGAGGCGCCGAACCAGGAAUUGGGUCCUGGAAGACCAAAAUGGAAUGUCGAGGUGGUGAUUACUGAUUGGUCCUUACACAAAGCCUAAAGCUUUCUGCUUUUGUGAAAUUCAAUUUCCGAACAAGAGAUGUCCUCUCUUACUCUCAUGUAAAUAGUAUGCCAGAAGUAAGAAUUUGGGUUCUAGAUUAGCAUGUAGAGGGAACGGUUCAUCUUUAAAUCAAUGGGAGCGCGGACUUUCUAUAUAUUGAAAUGGGUAUUCAUUCUGCUGAAGUAUGGUAUCAACUCCAAUGAAACGAUUUAUUGGUUCUUUGGGAAGCUAAUGAAAACAAACAGCCGCUUGUCCGGUGGGGGAAGAAGAGGAGGAGAGGUGGGGGUUCUGCGAUUGGUAAGAUACUGAGAAACGCUAAUCUGUUAAUGUGCCCGUGUGGCGUGUUUAUUAGCACUUAGAAGCAUUUGUUAAUUUCUCAAAAAAUUGUAAUUCUUUUUGUUGAGUUCAUUUAUUGUCGGGAAUAUCACAAAUUUGCCUCCAUUUAUAACUCUAGCCCCCUGGCCAUGGAUAUGCUGGGAGACAGAGAGAAUUCAUUUCUUCUUGUUGGUGGUGUGAGAUUAUUGCAAAUUGGUGGCUGGAGCGGGAGCGGGAGCGGGAGCGGAGGUCGCAACAGAUGAUUCUUUUCGGUGGAAAGAAAAGAGUGACCUGUUCAAGCACACGACGCACGCAUCAAUGGAGACAAAAACAAAAGAAGAUUUCGCACUCUUCAUCCAAAUCAUUUGACCCCCCAGAUCACCAAUCUAACCUGUUCUUGUUUGCCAUGAAAAUGAAAUGGAAAAGAAUCACUCACUCGAUGAAUGUUUGUAUUACUUCAAAAGCAAGUGUCAAGAAGACAAAAUUAAAUUCAUGGGACAAGGCUGGUGAAAAGGGUGACCGGAGAGUGAGCCGAGCCAUAUUCAACAAAGUGGGCCAACUAGGUUACGCAAUAGAGCAUUUCAGGACAGUAGAAGUAGGCUUGGGAUUCGAUUAUUGGUUGGUUUGGAAAGCUGCAAUGCAAUUGAACGAGGAGGUGGGUUGUCUGCUUCCGCCGACCAGGUUCUAUGGAGAGAGCACUCCACAGAACUUUCUGCCCAUCCCCUACCCCCUCCCCAUUUACGAGCCAUGUUCAGUUUAGUAUUCAUUAGCCCAUCAUGUGCAAGAUUUCCCUUUAUUAGUCUCACUCAAAACUGUUGAAAUUUGAUUUUUAACUCCA